CAGCCACCCCAAGGCCUGGGCAGCACAUGCCUCGGGGACAAACCUUCAUAGACUGCCAGAUCCCAGCCCCUUCAUCAUGUCAUUUCUGAUGCCCACCCUGCUUCUACUGGUGCUGCUGUAUCUCGGGGCUGCAGAUUUCAACAUCUCCAGCCUCUCUGGCCUACUGUCCCCAGCCCUGGCAGAGAGCCUUCUAGUUGCCUUACCCCCUUGCCACCUCACAGGGGGCAAAGCCUCUCUGCGUCAGAGAAGAGUUAAUGAAACCAAAGGAAUAACACAUAACUUCACAGUAACCUCCUGCCGAGGGCGAAGGGACCUGGUGAGCGUGGUAUACAGCAGUGGCCGCUUCACCGUCACCCAACUCAGUGCCUACCAAGUCACCAACCUGGUACCUGGCACCAGCUACUUUGUCUCCUACUCUGUGGAGAAAGGAAAUGCUGUAGAAUACAGUAACAGAGUCCGGAUGACUACAUUACCUCGCAGAAAAGUGGAGACCUUGAAGGUGGGAAUGGCAAGAACUGGGGGCAUGAUAGUCAUCACAGUACUGCUGUCCGUUGCCAUGUUCCUGCUGGUGGUCGGCUUCAUUGUUGCUCUGGCCCUCGGUGCUCGAAAAUGAAAGCUCUGAGUGAGACUGGUGCUCCCUGGAGAUUGGGAUGGGGCAGCACUCACUUCCUGGGGGACUUGGGAUUCUACUCCCAGGGCUUCAGUCCUCCCUCCCAACCCUUCCUCAUUUCCCUUGCACUUGGCUCUGCUUCAACCUCAUCCCCUCACAUCGACUUUUCUCCCAGGAUCUCUCUCCCCCUCCCCCACUCUCCUCCUUUCAACUGGUCUCUCAUUCACUAAGGUCAAAAGCAAACCAAGCCCGGAACUAAAGGGUGGAGGAGAUGGAAAGUUUAGAUAAACUCUAAGGAGUUUACAAUCUACUAAAUCCCCAACCCCCAUCCCCAGAUCCUUCCCCUAUCUACCCCAAUCUUCCAAUAGAAUCUUAGAAUUGUAAAAGAAAUGAAGUCUAGUCCUAUCCAAUGCCAGCCUUCUAGUCCUCCCUAGACCCUACUGCUCCCAGGCUUCUUAGCCUCCCUUCUCUGCAGCCCCUCCCUACCCCCUCUCCCCCAGGCACUCCCUUCCCAGAUCAGUGCCACCAGUCCACCUUCCUUCUCAGCUGACUUCCUGUAAUAAAGUGUGGAUGUUGCCUCGG